AGUGAGUCUGCAGCCUGACCUUUGCCUGAGACGUUUGGCUUUGAGACGAUCUAAGUGCAGGGUCAGAGCCGAGGCAGACUCCCAGCAGCUAACAGGUGACAGCUUCAUUUUUUCACGGGAUCGCUGGCCCUGAAUUUCCAAACAGACGUUGUCAUGAUGGAGCAAAUGGCUGGAAGUUGUCCUGCACCGACCCAAACUUCUGUCAAGACCUGGCUGCCCUCCAGCACAAGAGGAGCUAUCAUAGCGCCCAGUUACAUCACAUCCCGUUUCCAUGGAGACGGGGUUCGCUACAAGGCCAAGCUGAUCGGGAUGGACACGGUGCCGGACGUCCAGGGGGAGAAGAUGUGCUAUGAGUCCAUGAUGAAACUGAAGGGCUUGGAGGAAGCAGCUAGGAAACAGGGGAAACACAAGCAGAGAGUUUGGCUGAAAAUUUCCUACGGCGGCUUGAAAAUAGUGGAUGAGAAGACUGGGGCUGUUGUUCACAACCACGAGAAGAGUAAGAUCAGUUAUUUGACAAAAGAUGAGUCCGACCCCAGAGCGCUGGCCUACAUCUACCAGUAUACAGACGCCUGCAUGCUCUUCUACAUCAAGAUGGCCUACCUGGCAGCUCCGGUCCUGAUUGACAUCAUGGAGAUUUGCCAGAGUGCAGACCAGGAGACGCCACAGGAACCUGUAGAGACACCAAAACAAAAUAUUCCCUUGCUGGUUAUAAAUGAGAGUUUAGCCGCUCCUGCUGAGGAACUGGAUCCUGAGAAUGUGUUCAGUCCACGACCAGAAACUCCACCAGAGCCAUCAAACCAGACCUCCUCCACGAAUGAGCUGAUGGAAGUGUUUGCUCCCCCGAUGAAGGAGCCGAUGGCCCCCACCCAGAUGUUGGGGCCUCUGGCAUCCCCAGAGGUGUCACAGGCCAGCGAACCAGAGUCUCCACAGCCGAUGCUCUCCACCUCUCAGAUUCUCUCCAUUUUCCAAACACAGCCAGUAGGGGGCUCUCCAUUCGCCUCCCCCCAAUACUCCCCCACCACUAUGCCCUGGGCCCAGCAGGGGCCUCUGGGAAACCAGUGGGCCCAACCAUAUCCUGGCAGUAUGUCAGCAUGGGCACCACCAGGCGUCACAGCGCCCCCUGCAGGAAGCCAAGCUCAGACUCACAGUGUGGUGACCCCUCAGCCAAGGGUCAUGAUGGGAGGGAACACAGCGGGUUGCCCCACUACACCCUCCCCCCUUCAUGGGCACCCCGUCCCUGUAAACUCCCUCCACACUCCUGCUGGAACUACAGGCGCUCCGCAGGCAGUGUCCCCCACCUCCAACAAACCCUCCGAUGGAGGCUUUUUUGACUGGGAUGUGCUCAAAAUGGAUGUGAAUGUCUGAAUUUAUGCAUUUUUUUUUUCUGUAUUUCAUUCAGCUGUGGUUCAUCCUGUAAAUGUGUUUCUAACAAGCUUGUAAUUUCAUUUACGGCCACUAAAAAUUUGUGAUUCUGAUUCUCUGGAAGGUCACAAAUAAUUUUAAUCACUAGAAAAUAGAACCAGACACCUGUAGUGCAGUUCCCAAGUAACACAUGUAACGCUACUAUACUUUAGUACUGCAUGAGGUAAAAACGGCAGCAGUGAGGUUCAACUUGCACUCCUGUCAACAACAAACAGAUGCAGUAAAUAGCUGCUCAUUGACAAUUUAAUUUCAGAUGUUUUGAAUUUGCAUGAAUCCAGACAUUCAUUCUUAAUUACACAGUCAGAUAUUUAUGCUGCUUUCGAAGGAAAUAAAAACAUUUAUUGUCUUAUUAAAGUGGAAAAUAUAUGGAUUUGAUCAUUUUACCAUAAAAUACAUCUACAGUUUAUUAUUAUUACUUUAUAACUGUAUAGUAGUAAUAACAUUAAUAAAAACAGCUGAAAAUAAUUAUAUUUCAUUUCUCCUGAUCACUUGCACUUAAAGAGUUUGCUCAUUUUUUUUGUUCCGUCACAGUUACUCUUUGAAAUGACUUUUCCUCUCCUUACUUGGUUCCUGCAUAUUAUUAUAUUCGACUAUAUUGAAUCAACUACAGUUUGUACUAUUUUCUAAAGGCUGGCUCAAAUGCUGUAUUGUGUUUUACCAGAGUUUUCUUGAUCUAAAUAAAGGUUCAAAAUGAAAAAUCC